AUGGCUGAUGCGUCGAACAGUUCCGCGGAUUGCGGGCUUGAACCGCACGAUUAUCUUGAGGUGAAAUUCUUUCUUAUCAGCGUCGCCGGCAGUCUCAUAGGAUUGUUUGGGUUGUUCGGAAAUGCAUCAACGGCACUCAUUCUUACGAGGCCAGCAAUGCGAAAUCCAAAUAAUCUGUUCCUCACAGCACUGGCCGUAUUCGAUUCGUGUCUUCUGAUUACUGCUUUCUUUAUUUAUGCCAUGGAAUAUAUUAUUGAAUACACGCGAGCAUUUGAUCUUUACGUUGCCUGGCUAACGUAUCUACGGUGA